AUCAUCUGCAGCAUUACCUGCAGAUCCGCCUCCCGUAGCAGAGCGGAGUUUGCUUGUAUUACUUUUGCUUGCUUCUCAAUGGAAAAAGUCCGGCCAAGACAAAAAUAAAUUUAGAGAAUCGAUCAAAUUAUUAAAGGAUGCUCAAGUAUCAGAAGAUAGUGAUAUGGCAAUAUCAUUUAGAGUUUUAUACCAAUUAAUAUGCCGUUCAUAUUUUCACAUUAGUCAGUUACCAAGUGAGGAGAUAUGCCUAAUUUUAUACCUCUUAAUGGUUGAGAACGAAGAUUUUAGGGUUUAUGUAUUAUCACGAUUAGAUCCCGAAAUUCUUCUACUUCAAAUACUUCGAUUGCUUUAUGACGGUGUUGAAGGCAAAACCAAUUACUCGCAAAUGUAUAUUCUACUCACUAUAUUACUUUUAUUCAGUCAGGACGAAGUGUUUAAUGAAAAUAUUCAAAAAAUUCAAAUAACAUAUCAACCAUGGUUUACAGAGCGCUUGUUAAAAUCAAUAUCAUUAGGUGGGCUCGC